UAAAUCGAGCACAUUGGGCCGGCCUGCUUUGCGAACCCUAGCGUGUUUAUUUUAUAAAGUAAAAGUAUGGGAAGGGUAUAAAAGAUGCGCUUGCCUCCAUCAUCCAUCCUCUCAAGCAAAACGUUAUUCGAUCUGUCUGGUUUGGAAUUGAAUAAUGGAGAACGAAUUCAAGAAGAUAAGUAGUGCGGUUCCAAAGGAAAGCGAUUUUUUUGAUGUCAUCAUAUCUGUCAAGAAGCAGAGACCAACAUGUGUCAACGCUGACGACGACUCUGUCGCGAUGGAAGGUUGUUCCUACAAUGUCAGCUCUGUUAUGACAAGAUUUUAUAGAAUGUUCUUUAAGGUUUACGACGAGUUUCCCGACGAAUCUCGGAUUGAUCCGUUGUAUGGUGACAUUCUUCAUCAGCGCUUCAAUUACGGUUACUAUCUGGAUGCCCGAGCUGAACUCUCGUUUGCAAGUUGGAUGAUGAUCGAGAUCUCUGACAAGUAUCUCGACCUCCUCUGUGCAGAUGACUGUGAUUCCCUGGGCAAGUGCGAGUCGCUUAAAAGGUCUGCUUUAGCGUGUAUGCUUGUUGUUGUAAGGAGAUGCGUUCCUUGUAUGGCGUUUCUCGACAAAGUUCGUGAGUACAUGGCCAAUUUGGAUGAUUGUGUUGUUGGUGAGCAUGCUUCUGCUGCUGCUACUGCCAAGUACAACCUCGAUGAAGGCUCCCCUGUCCCUCAACCCGGGGAACAUGAGUUUGCUGAAACCAUUGAGCACCUUGUUGAUCCACAGACUUUGGUUUGGCUUGAGGAACUCGAUCGUGUACCUAGCGCAGUCUCAUAGAUGCUGGGAUGAAAUUGGUCCGUUGUGCUAUAUUUUCAUUUUUCUAAACUCUUUCGUUUUGGUUUGAGCUUCCAACCAUUGUGGAAGUAGAAACUUUAAGAAAAAAUACUUUACGUUUUAAUAUAGGUAGCUAAAUAAUUAAUCUCUCAGUUAACCACU